ACUUCAGCACCGCACGUCUCAGAGUCUUAUCACGUUGGCCUCAAUGGUUCUGGGUCCAACUCUGUUCAGAUGAUGACUCUUAAAACCACCGAAGGAGAUGUCCGGUUUCCUGUUGACGUUCAGGCAGCGUCGCGAGUGGCGGACGAGAAGAGACGUCGAAACGCUGGUGCGAGUGCAAGAUUCCGCGAACGUCGCAAGAGAAAGGAGAUGGAAGCCUCUCAGACAAUUGCGAGACUCGAGCAGCAAGUCAAAGACAUGACCGAGGAUGCCGACUUCUACAGACAGGACAGAGACAUACUUGCCUCCAUCGUAUCACAAUUUCCUGGAGGUCGCGAACACCUCCCUCGCCCUCAAUCGCCCAGAACAAGGAGAAAUGGUAGCGGGUCUGCCCAAGCAGAUCAAGGCCACUAUACCGAGGUUCAGAAACAUAGUCCUGAACCGAUCAGGAAUGUUCGUAAGCGU